AUGGCAGAUAACCGCAGAAACAAGCUCGAUUUCGCUAAUAAUGCUAGCAAGUCUGUGCUGUCGCUCACAUCGCCAGCGAAGUUGAACGUUGUGUCAUCCGACUGGUCAAAAAUGACUUCAAAGAGACCAUCGGGCAAGAUCUCUAAACGCCAGGCGUCAAGCGGCGGUACUCUUUCUAAUGUCACAAACAUUCCCACAAACUCAAAGAGCUCAGGUUCUCGACCUACGCUGCAAUACGUGCCGCCUUUGUUGAGGAGAUCUUCGUCCCUCUACAAGGAGGACCUAGAGAGCGGAGAAAGAAAGACCAUUAAAUCCCAAGACUCAGAAGAGGGGUUUUUAAACACAGAUCGGUUUAUUCCAUUACGCAAGGAGAAUUCGUUUUCCCACUCCAAAAUCGAUCCAAUGAACCUCGAGGAAGAGGUCCCACCACCAAACGCGUCGCCUUCGACACAUCUAAAGGCUCAAACCAAGCGCGUAUUCAAGCAAAAUGUGGCGGAAGCCUGCGGCCUUGAGAUGAAUCAGCGGAUAUUGCAGUAUCUACCGAAACCUCCUGCAGCAUCCCACAGAAAACAAACGUAUUCAAUGGGGAGCCGAUCGCAUUACUCUUACUCCGCUGUCCAAAAUCCGGGCUCAAGCCAAGAGUUGGCGAAACUCCGCAAGAUUAACUCGAAUCCCGAAAGGAUCCUCGACGCUCCGGGGUUUCAAGAUGAUUUUUAUCUAAAUCUAGUAAGCUGGUCGAACAAGAAUGUUCUGGCAAUUGCUCUUGAUUCGGCUUUAUAUUUGUGGAACGGAUCCUCAGGCGAUGUCUCAUUGCUUGUCGACUUUGAACAGCCCGGCUCUAUAACCAGCGUUACCUGGUCCGACGAUGACUGCCACAUUUCAAUCGGUAAACUGGAGGGAAACACUGAAAUCUGGGACAUUGAAACGAUGUCGCAUGUGCGAACCAUGAGAUCAGGGCUUGGAGUUCGCAUUGGCUCACAAUCUUGGCUGGAAACCCUCAUUGCCACAGGUGCCAAAAGUGGUGAAAUCCAUAUUAAUGACGUCCGAAUUAAAAAUCACAUAGUCUCUACUUGGGAAGAGCACAGAGGUGAAGUAUGUGGCAUAAGCUAUCGUCCUGAUGGGCUACAAGUGGCAUCGGGAAGUAAUGACAAUACUGUGGUGAUCUGGGAUACUAGAACGUCGCUCCCUCAGCAUAUCAAAAGACAGCAUACGGCCGCCGUAAAAGCGCUAGCCUGGAGUCCUGACAUCAACAAUUUGUUAGCCACCGGCGGUGGCCAAACAGACAAGCAUAUUCACUUCUGGAAUACAACAACCGGCGCACGCACCGGAAGCAUCAACACGGGAUCGCAAGUCAGUUCCCUACAUUGGGGGCAGAGCUACAACGCAAACACUAUCCAGCGUGAAAUAGUUGCAACAGGUGGUAAUCCGGAAAACGCGGUAUCCGUCUACAACUACGAUACAAAGUUCAAAGUAGCCGAAAUAGUGCACGCGCACGAGGCGCGUAUCUGCUCAAGCCAGCUCUCUCCCGACGGCACAGUGCUGGCAACUGUGGGAGGGGACGAGAACCUCAAGUUCUACAAGGUUUUCGAGCCCAGGAGAAAACGCCCUCAAGGCGUAUGCGAUGGGGAAAGCCUCCUUGGCCUUCUAAACGUCGGGGAAGCAUGUGAUGAUGACCCCACGCGGUCUCCAAACCGCAGGAAAACCUCCGAGUUUUUGAUCAGAUAA